GGAAAUAAAGGUGCCCAACCAUUUCUUUGCCUCACAAAACUCUAGUACAUAUAUAUCUUUGUUGCUUGUGUUCCCAGCCUCCAUUCCUCCUCAUUUUUCCUAGUAAAAUGGACCCAUCUGCAACAAAACCAGCUCAAUCUCCCUCUUAAUUCUAGCCCCUUUAUUCUCUCCCUCUCAUUCACCACCCCAUUUCAAUCAUCCACCCCUUUAUUCCAUUUCACUAAAUCGUUAUCCAAAUCAAUCCAUAUAUUUAUAUAUACAUAUAUAUACACAUAUCCAUAACUCUUUAUAAGUUUAUAAUUAUUACUAUAAUACAUUUAUAUGAAGAUGAGGGGGAUGAUGCAGCGGAGCAAUGGGUUAUUUUCAAGGAUCAUCACCCUCUUCUUGAUUCCCUUGAUUGUUGUUGUUGUUGAUGGCUUCAAUGAGGAGGGUGGCGAUCACAAAAUGAGGCUAGAACUAGUGCACAGGCACGAUGCACGCGUUCUUGGGGAGGUUGAUCAAGUAGAGGCCAUAAAGGGGUUCCUCCAAAGGGACAACAUUAGACGCCAAAGGAUGAAUCAAAGGUUGUAUGGGAAUGACGACAACAACAAUAACCAUUAUGACAAAAGGAGAAAGGAGUGGGAAACAUUGGAAUCGCAACCCCAAAUGGCUAUGCAUUCGGGAAGGGACUAUGGACUUGGAGAGUACUUCGUGGAGGUUAAGGUUGGAACCCCGGGCCAGAGUUUUUGGCUUGCUGCUGACACGGGAAGUGAGUUCACGUGGCUUAAUUGCGCGAGGGUUAAUGGAAGCAAGAGUGGUGGGGUGCAUAGACAGCAUAGAGGAAGGGCAAGGUCGAGGAAUAGGAGAAGGACAAGACCAAGGGCGAGGUCUAAUAAUGUUAAUGAUCCUUGUAAUGGGGUGUUUUGUCCACACCGUUCUGCUUCUUUCGAACCUGUCACUUGUUCUUCUGAAAAGUGCAAGGUUGACCUCAGCGACUUGUUUUCUCUCACUCAGUGUCCUAAACCUUCUGAUCCCUGCCUCUAUGACAUCAGCUAUGCUGAUGGAUCAUCUGCGAAGGGGUUCUUCGGCACUGACACAAUCGCACUAAGCCUCACAAAUGGAAAAGAAGGAAAACUGCAUAAUCUAACAAUUGGGUGCACACAAUCCAUGCAGAAUGGGGUAGCCUUCACCCAAGACACAGGUGGCAUAUUGGGUCUAGGAUAUGCAAAGGACCAUUUUGUUGAUAAAGCAGCACUACAAUAUGGUGCCAAGUUCACCUAUUGUUUGGUUGACCAUUUGGCCCACAAAAACGUUUCUAGUUAUCUAACUAUUGGUGGACAACUCAAAGUCAAUUUGUUAAGUGAAAUCAAAAGAACAGAACUGGUUUUGCUUGCUCCAUUUUAUGGUGUGAAUGUACUAGGCAUCUCAAUUGGAGACAAAAUGUUGAAUAUCCCACCUCAGAUAUGGGAUUUCAAUGCCCAAGGAGGCGCUAUAAUUGACUCAGGAACAACAUUGACCGCACUAGUUACUGCAGCAUAUGAUCCAGUGUUUGAUGCUUUGAGCAAAUCUCUAACCAAUGUCAAAAGGGUAACUGGGGAUUUUGGAGUUAUGGAAUUUUGCUUUGAAGCUGAGGGGUUUGAUGUGAGCGUGGUGCCAAGACUAGUGUUCCAUUUUGCAGGGGGUUCUCGGCUUGAGCCACCAGUGAAGAGCUACAUCAUUGAUGUGGCACCCGAAAUUAAGUGCAUUGGCAUUGUUGCAAUAAAAGGCAAAAGUGGUGCCUCUGUCAUAGGCAAUAUUAUGCAACAAGAUCAUCUUUGGGAAUUUGACUUGGCUCAAAAUACUGUGGGCUUUGCUCCUUCUGCCUGCACCUAA